UCGAGAGGUUAUUAGGGUUUUUUUUUCCUCGGCGGUUACCGGCGGCGGCGACGACGGAGAAGAGAUCACGAUCUGAUCCAACCAUGACGGGCGAAGAGAUGAUCCUGCGAACUCCAACUCGGCGGAUCACCAGAUCAUCCGCCGUUACACCCUCAAAGACAUCGCCCAGCGCCUCGAAACCACUGCCGCCGCCAUCGGUUCCUUGUCCAGCCGUCGAACCGUUCUCGUCCGGCGAUAGGGAUCCCCUCUCUUUGGACGAACUGAUUUCACUUCUCCCCGGCCGAAAACCCCAAAUCCAUGAGCUCUUGCGCCUGAUCGGCCCCUCGAACUCCCCCAUGCUCCCAGCCCUUCUUUACGGUGGCCCUUCGACAGGUAAGACCGCUACGGUCCUCCGAGUGUUCCAGCACUUGCGCCGGCGUUUCGUGUAUGCGAGCUGCAGAUCCUGCUACUGCCCUCGGAUUCUGUUCGAGACGGUGUUGGACCAGUUGCUGUGCCAUAAGAGGUGUAGGAAGGAUGGUUACUCGAGCGCCAAGCGCUGUGACAAGCCCCCGAAUUUCGUGGAUCUGCUCAGAGACGCAUUGAUUCAGGCAACAAGUGCUCAUACCGGAGCAAAGAUGAAAUCUUGCUCCAGUGGUGAAAAUGGUGAGAUGAUUUAUUUGAUAUUUGACAAUGUGGAGCUCAUCAGAUCGUGGGACAAGGGCUCUCUGAUUCUCCAGAUAUUAUUCAGAAUCCCUGACUUGUUGAAAGUUCGAAAUGUUGGACUGAUUUAUAUUAGUCGUGCUUUGCCUGAUGCUUAUUAUUCGAUGGUUGGAUCGUUGGAGCCAUUAUAUAUCUACUUCCCGGAUUAUAGCCUGGAUGAUAUCCAUAGUAUUCUCAUGAGAAACCAAGUCAAUCCAAAGCUAUAUUCUUGUUUCCUGAGUGUAGUCUUGAAGCCAUUUUCUAGGAUUACUAGGCGAAUUGAUGAACUAGCAAUCGCGUUCAAGCCAUUGUUUAAGAAAUAUUGUGAAGCAUUAACUGACCCGACAUUGAUUCCCGAUGAGGCCACCAAGAGAAGAUUGUUUGAUUACCUGCAGCCGCACUUGACUAUUUCAAUGAAUGAGAUAUUCAACAUUCCCUCGUGGUCAUCUAGUGAAAUUGACAAAGAAAGAAGUGUUAAUCAGAGAGGAAAAUUAAGGAACCUAUCUGGAGCGGUGGCCUCUGGUGAAUUGGAUAUUCAUAUGUCACUCUCUGCUAAAUACCUCCUUAUUUCUGCUUUUCUUGCUUCAAGGAAUCCCGCUACCCUGGAUGGAGCAUUGUUUGACUCCACUGGAGGUUCCGACAACCGUAAACGAAAGAGAAAGAGCCUCCAGACAUCCAUCGAUAAACAAGACAAUUUGGCUGCAGAAAUCCUCAUAAAGGGACCUGGAACAUUCCCAUUAGAGAGAUUGUUAGUCAUAUUUCAGUGCAUCACUUCAACGGUGGAAUAUGAAGCAGAGGAAGUUCAGCUUGAAAAUGGAGAACCGACAGAAGGUUCACAUGCUCAUCUGAUGUCCGAUGUUCUAUUACAGUUGUCUACUCUCUGCAACGCUAAUUUCAUAUGCAAAAGCAAUAGCUGUCCUUUAGAAGGUUCAACACGGUACCGAUCUAUGAUCGAUGAAGAUAUGGCUUUCAAGGUCGCAAGGAGAGUAAACUUUCCCUUGUCAAAGUACAUCUAUAGAAGAUAACAUUUGUAUUUAAUAUUUAUGUGUUACUUCUUGGAUGAGAAGUUGUGGAUUGCCUUUGGAAUCAACUGCAGUGGAAAGCCAAAAAAACAUGUUUAGACAUGUUCGUCGGACAAAUGAAUGGGAUAAAACAUGCUUAGAAGGCCGGCAUAUUAUGUGUUUGAAAUGAGUCAUGGAGUUGACGGUUGAAGGUCUUGAUCGAUUUUUCAUCAUCUUCGUCAAACCAUGUUUACCCUCGCCUAUGUAAUGCUAUAUGAAUAUCAAUGCGUUGAUCAGCUUCUAUGCCUGCUAAGUAAUUGCACCAUUCUUUAGCUGUGAUGUUUUUAUCUCUUUGAUUGCCAACGUGGCAUUAACUUGAUCAGCCCAAAUUGUUUUUAAGUUCUCAAGUGCGCUUUAGAUUCUCUUGUAGAUAUUCUGCACUUUGUAUCAUCCUUCUAUUAA